AUGGAAUAUUUGCAUUCAUUUUCUCAUCUCAGGGAUUUGAACAUCUCCCACCCUGGUGGUCCAGUCGACCUAAUAUUGGGGGUUCAGUACAGUCAUCUCCACUCGGAGGAAGAGGUCAGGCGUGGAUUGGAUUUUGAGCCCAUAGCCAAGCGCAUCCCACUGGGUUGGUAUGUAAUCGGUUCUGAGGGGAAGGCCCCUAAGCGGCUGUCUGUGAAUCUGGUUAGGAAGGUCGAUAUGUCUGACUUGUAUGAUCUGGAGGUGCUUGGGGUCAGAGCCCCAACUUGUCAAUGCCCUGUUGAUCCCAUGUCCUCAGAGGACAGGAAGUCUCUAGCGCUGUUGGAGAGAUCUGUGAGUCUGGAGGGGGACCGAUACAUGAUCGGUUUACCCUGGAAGAGAGAUCCCUGUCUCUUGCCUGACAAUUAUUGCCUGACCAAGAAGAGGCUAAUCUCUUUGGAAAGGAGUCUGUCUCGUACUCCAGAGAAGGCUUUGCUUUAUGAUGCCGCCGUCGAGGAGUAUGUCGACAAGGGAUGGGCCGUAAGGGUUGACCCCUGUGAUCUUGAGAAGAGGCCUAGGUUUUAUCUGCCGCAUCAUGGCAUAUACCGUCCUGAUAAACUCAGCACACCCCUAAGAGUAGUCUUUGACCCAGCUUGUCAGUUCCAGGGUGUCUCCUUAAAUUCUUUUCUAUAUAAGGGCCCAAAUUUGAUUGGAAACUUGUUUGGAGUAUUGCUUAGGUUCAGGGAGGACUUAGUUGCUAUUGUGGGUGACAUCUCUAAAAUGUUCCUUCAGAUUUUGUUGAAGCCUGAGGAUACCGAGGUGCAUCGUUUUCUGUGGCGAAACCGGGAUGACACAAGAGACCCUGAAAUCUUCAAGCUGACCAGAGUUGCAUUUGGUGAUCGAUCAUCCCCUGACAUGGCGAGCCUAGUGAUGUUGAAGAUAGCUGAGCGCCACAAGACGUCUCAUCCGGAGGCUGCCCAGGUCCUAGAAGAAGAUCGAUAA